AUGCUGCCGCUCUCUCCCACCCAGGCCACUCCUUUCCUUCCCUCCGACAUGCCCGCCACGACCCCCACCCGCAACUCUUCUUUCGUCUCCUCACCACUCAACCCGACACCUAGCCCUGCCCCAUUCCGCUCAGUGUCGCGAGGUAGCAGCAUGAACAUUCCUGGGCCAAGUCGACUGCCCUCCGACGAGUCCACAAUUGGCCUUCACCCCAACUCUGGCCCUUACCCCUUUGCGCGGGAAAGCCAAUACGGUGGAGGAUCGAUACGAGGCAGUAUGAUACUCUAUCGUCUCGCUGACGAGCCUGACAGAGGGAGCACAAUACUGGCCCCACCACGGGCCCUGGGAAGCGGAAACCGAGAUAGUGUUGCCUCGUUCGCUUCGCAAGCGUCACUGCCCAGCGAUUCCAAAUAUCCUUCGGGUUUCAACACAACUCGUGGUUUGGUACCUUACGCUUACGAUCCCGCCCUUGACGAGCUCGACCCACCAGACGACGAAGACUUCCUCCAUGAUCCGUCUUACAAGGGGGGUAAGAAUGGCUACCAGGGGCCGUCAAAUUUCAGGCGCCGACGCUUCUUCCCCUGGCGCGGGAUAGCGAACAUCAGUAUGCUCCUUCUCGUCAUCGGCGCCAUUCUCGCCCUCUUCAUAACCUAUCCGGUGGUCUCGUUCUUUCGCGAAGAACCUGUGAUCUCGUUGAUUGACGGCAACAUACGGGUGAACAAGACCGGUCAAGUCGCGGUGUUGCCGAAUUUACCAACACUCAUUGACCCCGCAACUCCGAACGACGCGCUCUCACGGAAGGGUUUUGAUGGGAAAAGCUAUUCGUUGGUGUUCAGCGACGAGUUCAACACUGAUGGAAGGACAUUCUACCCGGGCGACGAUCCAUAUUGGGAGGCCGUGGAUUUGUGGUAUGGAAAUACGAACGACCUCGAAUGGUAUGACCCCUCCCAAGUCGUCACCCGCGAUGGGAACCUUGUCAUCACCAUGGACUCUGCGGACAGCACACAGUCGGGGCAGAGUGUUGGUUCAACUGCGCCAUUUACCAUUGCGGAAAACCACAACCUACAGUACAGGAGUGGGAUGGUCCAGUCGUGGAACAAGUUCUGCUUCACAAGAGGGUAUAUCGAGGUCGCCGUUGUGCUUCCUGGGCCGAAUGCCAACACCAAGGGUUAUUGGCCUGGUGUUUGGACGAUGGGAAACCUUGCAAGACCGGGAUACACUGCGACCACUGACGGAACAUGGCCCUACACUUACUCGUCGUGUGAUGUUGGGACUUUCCCGAAUCAGACAUUGGCGGAUGGGUCGGGACCGGCUGCUGCUUUGAAGACCGAGGCGGGCAGCGCCAAGUAUAACAACGAGUUGAGUUGGCUGAGCGGACAGAAACUUUCUGCUUGUUCGUGCCCUGGGUCAGACCACCCUGGUCCAGACGUCACUGUCGGUCGUGGCGCGCCGGAAAUCGAUAUCUUCGAAGCUGAGGUCAACAAGACCAACUCUAUCGGCCAAGUCGUGUCCCAGUCAGCUCAGUUCGCGCCGUUUACCCAUGACUACAACUAUCUGACGCAAACAACCGACCAAUGGAAUAUCUUCAACACUGGCAUCUCCCGGCCAAACGGUUACAAGGGCAGCGCGGUACAACAGGCUGUUUCUGGAUUGACGAAUGUACCGGGUGAGGGCUUCCAGGGGAGCGGGAAGAAGUUCAUCAAGUAUGGAUUCGAGUAUUGGAGUGACCCGAAGGAUCCAUCGAGUGGGUUUAUCACAUGGCAAGUGGAUGGGACGCCAAGUAUUCGGAUGGGUGCAGGUGCGGUUGGACCAGACCAAGGUUCUGGUGGAAGUGGAGUUGGUCAGCGGUUGAUUCCUGUCGAGCCGAUGUCGAUUAUCUUGAAUUUGGGUAUAUCCAAAAACUGGGAAACGCCGGACUUGUCGACGAUGGUAUUCCCGGCUGAAAUGCUGAUCGACUAUGUGCGCGUGUAUCAACGCGAUGGUGAGAUGAACGUCGGGUGUGACCCCAAGGACUAUCCGACCAUGGAUUACAUCAGGAACCAUCUGCCAGCGUAUUCAAAUGCGAAUACGACGACAUGGGCUUGGGAGAAACCCAAAAAUUCUCUCUACCAUGGCACGUGCUAA